AUGUCUGCCCAGCAACCGAUCCGGAACGACUCGCACGACACGGUCGACGAGAAGUUCAAGGCAAAGCACUUCGAGUCGAUCGAGGAGGCACGCGACUCCGCCUCGGAGAUCAACGACAGCACCCCCCGUACUUAUGCCGACAUCGAUGAGGGGUUCGACCCCAAGGUCGUCCUGGCCAUCGUCCGCAAGAUCGACCUCCGCGUCAUCCCUGUCCUAGCACUCAUGUACUGUAUCUCGCUUAUUGACCGCACCAACCUGUCGAUGGCGCGUGCGGCCAACGACAAGGCCAUGAACAAGGAGCUUCAACUCGACGUCGGCAACCACUACUCGCUUGCCACAAUGAUCUUCUUCAUCCCCUACAUUAUUCUGGAAAUUCCUUCCCAGAUCGGUCUGCGCUACUUUGGUCCCAAGAUCUGGCUCUCGCUCUCAUGCUUCCUCUGGGGCGUCGUGAUGAUGUGCUUCGGUUUCCUCAACAGCUGGCAGGGUCUUGUUGGUCUUCGUGCUCUCCUCGGCGCUUUCGAGUCGACCCUCUUCCCCGGUGCAGCGUACCUCAUCGCCUGUUGGUACCCUCGCAAGCAGAUGGCGACUCGCAACACUGCUUUCUACUUUAGCUCGACGGCCGUUGGCGGUCUCUCUUCCAUCCUCGCAUGGGGAAUCUCGCAGAUGCACGGCACGGCAGGCAAGUCGGGUUGGCGCUGGAUCUUCAUCCUUGAGGGUCUUAUGACCAUUAUGAUUGGUAUCAUCGGCUUCAUCUUCCUGCAGGAGUUCCCCGACCGUGCCAAGUUCCUGACCGAGGAGGAGAAGGAGAUUGUCCGCACCCGCAUUGAGCGCGACCGUGGCGACGCCACCCACGACCCUCUCACCCUCGCCAAGAUGCGCGAGUACGCCAUGGAGCCCCAGCCUUGGAUCUUCGGUAUUAUGUUUAUGGCCACCACUCUCUCAGCCUACUCGAUGGCAUACUUCCUCCCGACCAUUCUUCAGGGUAUGGGCUUCAGCAACAUGCUCUCGCAGCUCCUGUAUGCGCCGCCCAAGAUCUGGGCCAUCUUCCCCGGCAUGUUCCUCGCCUACUGGUGUGACAAGACUCGCCAGCGCGCCGCCUCCGUCAUGUUCAGCGCCACCAUCCUCGUCAUCGGUACCAUCAUGUUCUCGCAGCUCAAGAACAACCAGAAGGAGGCUCGCUACGCCGGCACUUUCCUCGCCUAUGGCGGUGCCACCAUGAACGUUCCUCUCGUUCUCUCGUGGACCCAGACCUCGAUCCGCUCCCAGUCCAAGCGCGCGUUCACCGCCGCCCUCCUCGUCGCUUGGGGCGGCGUCGGCGGUAUCCUCGCCGGUGUCCUCUUCAUGCAGGAGGAGGCAAAGCAGGGCUAUCCCACCGGUAUUUGGUCGACCGUUGGGCUCAACAGCUUUGUUGUCGUCGCUGCGGCCGGUUUCAAGAUUUGGUUCGCGCGCCAGAACCGCCGCGCCGACGCCGGCGAGAUCAUCCUCCAGGACCACCCCGGUUUCCGCUACCAGGCAUAA